AUAAGAUUGUGCUAUCUUAGUUAUCUUGAUGCACAUUGCUAAACCUCCCAUAUUCUCUUCUCUUCUCUUUUUUUUUUUUUUGUUAGGAAAGCAGUGCUAUCAAAAAAUGAACGUUUCACUAGGGAGUAACAUCACACAGCCCAAGUAUCUGCGGGACAGCUUUAGCUCAGCGGUGACUAAGAAUGUGAUCGUGGUUGGUUUGUGCAUCUCCAUCAACUAUAUCAAUGGCACGCUCGUCCACACCUUCAUCAAGCAUGAGAUCUUUAAAGGAAACCCUCGCUACAUUCUCUUUAUUCACAUGGUGUUCAAUGACAUGAUUCAGCUGAUGAUUGCAGUUGUCCUUCACAUUUUAAGCUACACUGUGUUUACUCUCAAUGUCUCUUUCUGCUGUGUUUUAUUGAUGAGUGUUAUAUUCACAACUCUCAACACACCGCUGAAUCUCGCUUCCAUGGCUAUAGAGCGCUAUAUAGCCAUAUGCAACCCUUUACGUCAUGCUCAGAUCUGUACCAUACGUAAAACGUACACCCUUAUCGGCCUGAUCUGGGUCCUGAGUGCCACUCAGGUUCUACCAGACCUGUUCAUCCUGUUGGCUACAAAACCUAUAACCUUCUUCUACAGCAACAUCCCCUGCAUCAGAGAUUAUGUGUUUGAUAACCCAUAUAUAGUAGACAAGAGAAAUGUUGUGUACAUCAUUUACCUGACCUUUGUAUGGCUCACUAUAGUGUAUACUUACUUGAAGAUCAUGUUUAUUGCAAAGGCCACAAACUCAGAUGCUCGCAAAGCUCGGAGUACCAUCAUCCUACACGGGAUCCAGCUUCUGAUGUGCAUGCUAACGUUUGUCGGGCCCUUCCUGGACAGGCUGCUCGCAGAAAUGUUUCCACUGUUUAUUACAGAUAUGAGAUUCUCAAGCUAUUUAGUAAUCCAGAUAAUGCCCAGGUUUAUCAGUCCAGUGGUUUACGGCAUGAGAGAUCAAACGUUUUGCAAAUACUUGAAAAGAUACUUACUGUGUACAAUGUUCAAGAUGAGGAGAAAAAUACAAACCCUCCAACCAAGUGGAAAUUUGGCAAAGGUUUCUAAUAAAUCCAUGUGA